AUGAUGAAGGAUGCGCGGAUGACAGUGGCGCAGCUGGUGAAAGGCAUCGUAAUCUCAUGGGGAUCAAUUUACACCAUCCUACAUGAGAAGGUCGGCCUCCGAAAGGUUUACGUACGUUGGGUACCCCAUCAGCUCCGUGAGGAAUGGAAAGCAGCUCGGGUGAAUUGGUGCCAGACCAUGCUUGCCAAGUUUGAUGAUGGAAGUUCCAAUGUAGUUCGGGAGAUCAUCAGUGAUGAGACUUAG